AAAUAUAUUUUGCUAACCCCUACGACUUAUAUAUUGAUACUGACUACCAAGUAGAGGAUUUAAUUAAUCUACCUGAAGAGUUAAAACCACUUGAAACUUCGUAUAUUUCUAAUAGUAGCCUUCAAUUAACCCAAUAUUCUGACUCUACUAAUAUUACUUACUUAGAAGAUGGCUCUUUUAGUGAAGGAUCUAUAUCUUAUCAAUUACCUAUUAGUACUUCUCCACCUGAAUCUGUAAUUUUAAAUCCUAAUUUUAGUAUAUCCUGUGAAUCAUUUGGUUUUGAAACAGAUCAAAUUCUUGAUCAGAUUGAUAUUGAAGCAAACCCUACU